UUUUGUGUAUGCCACUGUGUACACCAGCACCCUGCAGCUGCAGCAGGAGAACAUUCCCUACGGCCAGAUGGAACCUCGCAUCCUGCCACUCCCACUGUCCCGCUUCCUGUGCUCACAGGCACAGAGGGACUGGUGGGCUGCCACCUACAGGCUGUACACAGGAACUGCAGAAAUGGGAACUCUCGCCAAACAGAAGUUGACGCUACAGCGUGGACUUGAGGUCGUGCGCUGUGUCGGGAACCACGGUCUCCAUGCCAACCUUCUCGUCCACAUGGCAGAGACAUUUGCUGCACGGAUGGGAGAGGUCCAGGAGUCGAGUGAACAGCCGUGGUACUACAAGGAGCAGUGGUCAGCCCUGCAGGAGAGGAGUGCACACUACUGGAGCACUGUCAUACCACUACUGCAGCGACUACAACAAAAUCUCACCCUGCUGACACCCAAGGACCCCCUGUUCCCCCACCUGAGCCAAGACGUCCCCGGCUCCAGGAUCCCCGAGCUCCUUGAGGAAGGGCGCCUGUUCCUGGCGCAGACUGCUGCCCAACAGGGGAGGUCUGAGGAAGCACUACAGAUGCUGAGGAAGAUGCACACUGCUGAAGCUGCCAGACAUAUGGCUCAGAUCUACAAGUUUCUGGCCAAUAAGCAGCUAGAAGACUUGGAGGAUGCAGAUGAGGAUGAGGAACAACACAGGAGGGCGGAGUGGGAAACUCUCCUGAACAAGGCUAGAAACUGUCUGACCUUGGCACUGGAGAGGCUGGGAGAAGACAAGAGCAAUCCGCUGUGUGUGUCCAUUAUGAAGGAGAUCCAAGCUAUUGAUGAGGAUCUUGGGAAGGCUCAGGAUCAGCUGACCGAGCAGCUGGAUACAGAAGGGAGCCCCCUCUUGACAUCUUCCACAGCUGGGUCCCCCCCUCGGCUGGCCAGGGGUGAUGGACGUAGCCCUAGCCUGGAGUCCCCGUCCAGUGUUGCAGCCCAGCUGAAGGCUCUUACGCUGGACAACUCCCGUCUGCUGGAGACCUGCACCAGGAGUGAGCAGAGGGUGCAGGAGCUCACGGAACAGAUGAAGUUCCUCAUGGAAGAACUUAAAGAUAUGAAAGCCACGUCUGGCACCCCUUCCAGAUCAAUGGGCCAGUCCACGUCCACCCAGACGCCGCCUGACGAGAAAACUGCACAGCCAACUGCCGAUGCCUCAUACCUACCCCAGCCUGGUUUCGCUACUCCACACUAUGGUUAUGCCCAGACCCCACCAUAUGGGUAUGCCUACACCACUCCCCUGGGUUAUGGUGGAGUCCAGCAUGGGUUUGGUACACCGACACACGGCUACGCAGGCUACAGUGCGCUCCAACACGCCAUGUACCAUAGCUCGCAGGUGGCAGCCGCAAGCCAGGAGAGCGCCACACAGGCGUUGGCUGCAGCAACAGGUGUGACAACUCCCGCACGGGUUCCUGGCGUCAUGCCAACGGUGGCGGCAAACAUGACGUCCACGCCAGCCGCCACCGUUCCCGGUCACGAUCAAACGCCGCUGCUGCGGUCCCUCAUCAUGUCCACUCCUACCAACACCAAGCCAGCAGCUGCUGUGGCAUCAGAUGACCCACAGAAGGGUCCGCCAAACCAGACCAUGCGGACCAGCGAGUCCAUCUCCCUAACACGUGCAUCCACCGAGCCUUCACAGCCGCUCUCCGUGACCAUCCCGCCAGAACACAUCAAGUCCCCUGUCUACCAAAACCAGGGCUAUUCCCCCAGCAUGCUGCAGGCUUCACAGAGGAGCUACGUGCACACAGUGGUACACGGACCCAGCCCCACAACUCAGUUCGCCGCAAUCAGCCCCCGAGCACAGCUACAACAGGGGAUGCCACUCACCACGCCAAACAUGCAGGGUUUCGUGCAAGCGUCCCAACCGGCGGCGUUUACAGGCCUGCCAAAGCCAGGAGUGGCGACGACAACGCUCCAGCCUGGCACCCUCCAGCCAGGCAUGCCUGGAUAUAACCAAGCCAUGCAGGCGGCCGCCUUACGGAUGGGGCUAGGGCAGGGAUACCCUCAAACCAUCAGCCCCCGUGCCAUGCAGAUGCCUCAGGCACAGCUGGCUGGGAGACCCGGCAUCACCACAGGUGUCCCACAGCUGUCCCAGGGGGGCCAGACUCUUCCCGUGACCCAGUCUCUACCAGCGGCGACCAGCCCUCGGGGAGUGCAGAUGGGGGUUCACUCUCGGCUGGGGAUGGUGGGCAGCAUCCCGGUCAGCUCUCAGGCCCUGUCAGCAGCAGCUGCUGCCGGAGGCUUCUUCAGCUUCAGCACUGCCUCACAAAUGCCUGGAACCGAGCUGCCAGGCAUCGCCACCAAGUACCCAAUUCUCACCACCAUGGUCGAUCCCAACACGUUCCGCUCUACCCCCACGUUCACCGUUCCCAGGGACUUGACUCACCAGUUCGGGGAGUACUCCGACCAAUCAAAAUCCCCAUCAGAGGAGGAAGUCUCAACACCUGAUUCAGAGGAGCCAUCAGAGACAAAUGUUCAAAUUGGCCCCGGGUAUUUCAGGCCCCCUGGAGAAACAGAGUCCCCAAUAACCUUUGCUUCAAUACUGGGUGAGGGAGAGCAGACAGGUGACUUGACAAAGAGCCCAUCCAAGGAACUCUUUGUCACCGGUGAAGAGCGGAUGUUUGCACGGCCGGAAGAGGUGGACAGGGAAAACCAGGAGUUGGCAAGUGAUGAGGACACAGAGGCGCAUGACGACGGCAUCCACUUCGAGCCAAUCGUGACCCUCCCGGACAACGUGGAACUGAGAACUGGGGAGGAGGACGAAGAUGAGCUGUUCGUUCACCGGGCAAAGCUGUUCCGCUUCGACAAGGACAACCACCAGUGGAAGGAACGCGGCCUUGGCAACAUCAAGAUUCUCCACAACCCUCACAACAAGCGUUUCCGCAUACUGAUGCGGCGUGACCAAGUCCUCAAGAUCUGUUGCAACCACUACAUCACGGCCGACAUGUCGAUGAAGCCGAAUGCCGGUUCCAACCGGUCGUGGGUUUGGGUUGCCAUGGACUUUGCUGAAGAAGAGGGCACACAGGAACAGUUUGCUGUCAGAUUCAAGGAGGUAGAAACUGCUCAAGAGUUCAAGAACAGGGUGGAUGAAGCUAUCCAGAUUAUCAACUCCUUACCUGCAACAUCUAGUAAGAAAUCUCCUCUAAAGGAGGUAAGUCCACCCUCUCCAAAGGAACCACCCUCUCCAACAAAACCACUGUCUCCAGGAAAACCACUGUCUCCGAAGAAACCACCCUCUCCAACAAAAACUAAAGACCAGGAAGUCCCGGUUGGAUUUGGCGAGCUGUUCAAGCCAAAGCCUGGUUCGUGGGAGUGCGAGGCAUGUCUAGUCAACAACCCUGCAGAUAAAGAUGCCUGUAUGUCCUGCAGCACCCCAAAACCAGGUACAAUUCCAAAACCAGCCUUCUCCUUUGGGGAAUUGUUCAAGCCUAAACCUGGAUCGUGGGACUGCCCAGCAUGCAUGAUUAGCAACCCAGGAGAUAAAGAUGCCUGCGAAACUUGUAAGACGCCGAAACCUGGUACGACUUCACAACCUAGCGAACCGACUUCGUCAUUCAAUGACAUGUUCAAGCCCAAGCCUGGAUCAUGGGAAUGCCCAACCUGCAUGGUUAGUAAUCCAGGUGAUAAAGAUGCUUGCCUGGCUUGUACGACUCCAAAACCAGGCACUGCCCCAAAGCCAACGAAGUCUGGCUUUUCCUUUGGCGCCAUGUUCAGUCAGGAUGCUGCUAGCCAGCCGACAGCCCCGUUCGGCGCCACUGGUGCUGCCUCCAAGCCUGGUCUCAGCACAGCAUCCCAGUCUGGAUUCUCCUUCGCAAGUCCUGGCCAGACAGGUUUCGGCUUUGGAACAUCACAGCAGACAGCAGAGACCUCUCAGCCAAAGACAGGGUUUUCCUUCGGGUUUGCUCCACCACAGACAUCGACGACGGGUCAGACUACAGGUUUAACAGGCUUCCAGUUCAAACCAACCCAACCAGAAACAAGUGACAGUGGCCAAUCAGGAGGAUUCUCCUUCAAGUUGGACCAAUCACAGCCAUCCCAGUCAGGCUUUGGACUUAACUUUGGCCAAUCCAAGCCCACUGCACCCAGCCAAUCAGGAUUCAAGUUUGCCCUCAGCCAAUCACAGCCAAGUGAAGGCAGCCAACCAGCAGCCAGCACUGAAGGAAGCAAGUUCACCUUUGGUGAUGUUAAAGUAACAGCUGUCACAACUGUGUCAACUCCUGUUGUCUGUUUGGUUCCCGGACCACGAACAAGCACCCCUAUUGGUACACCAGAAAAGCAGCAGCCGGCUGCUAGGGCAGACCAAGCCACAGCAGAAGGGGACUCUGAUGUUAUCUUUGUGUACGAAAAGAAGCCGACGGCAGAUCAGAUCGAACGUGCCAAGAAAUACCUCCUGCCUCCCACGUUCUACUUGUACGAGGACAAGCCACUUCCCGAGGGAUGGACCGAAGAGGACAAGCUAGAUGACAAACCAGAACGUCUCAAUGUCAAGAGUAAGGAAACACCUAGCAAUGCCACAGGAGCAGUGGGAACCAAAACAAGUCAAAGCAGUAACCUCUUUGGCACAGCAUCAUCCAAUAUGAUGUUUGCAGACCUGACUGCAGGCAAAACACAGGAUUUCACUUGGGGAAAGUCUGACAAACCGUUCGGCGGUUUCCAAGGUGCUGGCGCGCAACUGUUUGGGGCCCUCAACACAAGUCAGGAGAGUGACGGGGGAGAGCCAAACAUAGAGGAAGAGCGUGAUAUCUACUUUGAACCCAUCAUACCCUUACCAGAGAAGGUGGAACUUGUCACUGGAGAGGAAGACGAAAGAGUCCUGUACCAAGAACGGGCCAAGCUCUUCCGAUGGGACAAAGGCACCAACCAGUGGAAAGAACGUGGUGUCGGUAACAUCAAGUUCUUACAACACAAGACAACAAAGCGUAUCCGUAUCAUAAUGCGCCGCGACCAGGUUCUGAAAGUGUGCGCCAAUCAUUUCAUCACUACUGACAUGACGCUGAAGCCCAACGUGGGAUCGGAACGGUCGUGGGUGUGGCACGCCAUGGACUGCUCGGACGAAGAGCCAGCAUUCGAGCAGUUUGCAGCCAGGUUUAAGACCACAGAAAUCGCAGAGGAGUUCCACAAACGCUUCGAACAAUGCCAGGCCAUGCUGAUCGACGUGAUGCCUCCCUCUCCCAGCAAAAAUGCCGGUCCUUCCCGGGAGUCCCAGCUCAUCAACAGCGCAGAGAAGCUGAAAUCAGAGCUGAAGUCGCUGAAAGAGCAGUUUGCCGCAGCGGCGCCGGGAAUGAGCAGCCCUCGCGAAUCAGAAGAGCAGGAGGCAGACACUAUUGCCUCUAUCCUGCGCAAAGAACGAGCUGACACUCCCGGAAGCAUCGACCGACUGGAGUGGGACAACUACGACCUACGAGAAGACAGCAGUCAUGACACUUCAAACCAAAGCUUCUUUGGGAGCACAUCUCAACCAGCCUCAUUCUCUUUCUCAGCAUCUUUUGUAGACAGCAGGAAUCUGUCGCUGAACCUAAACAAGACUGAGCCUGAGGAAGAUGAAUAUUACCAGGAUGACGAAGAAGACAAUAUUCACUUCUCCCCGAUUGCCAACCUACCAGAGAAUGUUGAGCAUGUUACUGGGGAAGAAGAUGACACGACUCUGUUUGAACAUCGUGCCAAGCUCUACAGGUUCGAUGUCACCAAUCAAGAGUGGAAGGAGCGUGGAGUCGGCGAUAUCAAGAUUCUUCAGAACCUCGCCGACGGUCGGGUUCGUGUCGUCAUGAGAAGGGAAAGGAUCAUGAAGCUGUGCGCCAACCACCACAUCACCACGGACAUGAAGCUUCAGCCCAACAAGGGCUCAGAUCGCUCAUGGGUCUGGACCGCCAUGGAUUUUGCAGAAGAAGAACUCAAGCCUGAACAGCUUGCUGUUAAGUUCAAGAACAAAGAGGUAGCCGACGAGUUCCGAGAUCGCUUCGAAUUUGCUCAAGACCUUCUGAAACAAGGGAAGAUUUGUACUCCACCCACAUCAGGCACCAACACCCAGCCUGGAACACCCGAGAUGGAAAAGCUCCCGGAAAUGAACGAGGCAACCAGUAGAGCUCUCUCCCGUCAAACGCCAACAAGGUUGACCUUCGACAUCGAUGGAGGCAAGAAGCAGGAUACCUCGCCCAAGUCCGACGAGCAGGCCACCCCACCAAAGGACGGUAGCGUGGUCUCGCCACCAAAGUUCACAUUCAGCACCGGACAGCCAACCAAACCUACUGUCAUCUCUCCCUCAAAAUGGACUUUCGGCUCACCGCCUACCGACUCCUCUUCAACACAACCUGCCUUCAGCUUUGUCCCCUCAACCAAACCAGCUUUUAGUUUCGCCACCAUUUCCAGUAGUGCCACUCCUUUCUCCUUCUCUCUGGGAAGUAGUAGCACCGGAGAGUCCUUCUUCGGAGCUCCCACCACCACAGCCUUUGGGUUGACUUCCAUUGCAGAGAGGUCUGAGGAAGCAUCAUCGGAAGAAGCAUCUCCCACCAGAGAAAAAGCACCAACAGACCUAUCCCAAAGGUCACCCGAAAAAAUAGGGCAGCUCUCCAUGACCCUUGGUGCCACCCUGACCUCUGACCCCAGCGUGGAAAUUAUCUACGAGAAGGAGCCCUCGGCAAAGCAGCUGACCCGCGCCCUCACGUACCGACUCCCGUCAACUUUCUUCCUCUAUGAGGACCUUCCCGUGCCGGAAGGUUACAGGCCAGACGAGGACUUCGACGAUUACGAGAUUUGGUUCGACCAAUGGAAAGCAGGGAAGGCGCUGAGGAAGGAUGCGCCCCAGCCUUCUCAGACGACAUCUACACCAGUCAAGACAACUCCCAGUGGUAGUACUACUGAUGGUGCCAUACAGGGUGCUACUGGAGGUCAAGAACCAACAGGGGGAGCUUCAACAGACAUGUUUGGUAAAAGUCCUGUCGCCAGCUUGUCUUUUGCAUCACUGGCAUCAACUACUGAUGGGGGAUUUGCUUUUGGAAAAACAGACCCCUUCAAGCCUUUUAGCUUUGCUGGGGCUGGAGCCACCCUGUUUGGGGGGGCCUCAUCAGAGGAUGCCCAUGGCGACGAUGACUAUGUGCCAGAAAAUCAUGACAUCCACUUUGAGCCUAUAGUGUCUUUACCAAAGGUUGAAGUAAAAACAGGCGAGGAAGACGAAGCAGUGAUCUACAGCCAGAGGUCGCGCCUGUAUCGCUGGGAUAAGGACACUUCCCAGUGGAAGGAGCGAGGCCUCGGCGAGAUGAAGAUUCUUCAGCACAAACAGGAGACGCGUUUCCGGUUGGUGAUGCGUCGUGAGCAGGUGCUGAAGGUGUGCUGUAACCACAUGAUCACGCCUGACAUGGACCUCAACCCCAACGCAGGCUCCGACAGGUCCUGGGUAUGGAGCUCCAUGGACUACUCAGAGGAUCCCAAAUUUGAGCAGUUUGCCAUCAAGUUCAAGACCAUUGAGUUGGCCCAGGCCUAUAAAGACAAAGUAGAGGAGUGCAAGGCCAUUCUAGCACAGGCAGAACAAACAUCAGAUGUUCCAGCCAGCUCUGAACCAUCGCCUGUAAAAGAAGACAGGCAGUACACCCCAGCAUCACAGACACACGAAUCUUCAUCUGCAAGAGGAAACAGGCAGCAGACUUCGGCACCACAGACACCCGAGGUCCUAGAGAAGUCUGAGACGGAAUCUCCAGAGAAAACCCCAGCAAAGGGUUUUGGUGACCUGUUUAAGACCAAACCAGGAUCCUGGGACUGUGAAGUCUGUAUGGUAAACAACCCUGGAGACAAAACAGCAUGUCUGGCUUGCUCUACUCCAAAGCCAGGAGCGCAAGCUGCGAGUAGCACAGCAGAUGGAGCGAGCAAGAGUCUUGCCUCCUUGUUCAAACCCAAAGCUGAUACGUGGGACUGCGAUGUCUGCAUGAUUAACAACCCUGCCGACAAAACCACAUGCUUGGCAUGCAGCACGCCCAAACCUGGUACAGAAGCGCAGGCACCAAGUACAACGGGCAGCUCGGGAAUAUCUGGGUCAGGCUUUGUUUUCAAACAGCCAGGGACAGCCUCGACAAGCUUCGGAGGGUUUGACCUGAGCGGUCCAUCUGGAUCAACGUUUGGGCAGCCACCAGCCUCAAGUGGGACAGUUUUCGGACAGGCCUCGUCGGGAACCGGAGUUGGUUUUACUUUUGGUAGUCCAGCGAAGCCGGCAGAAUCCACAGGGUUUGUCUUUGGCGGUCCGAGUAUCGGAAGUAAGCCAACUGCUGGAGCAGGAUUCAGUUUUGGGGUCAAGGCAGAUGAAACAGCCUCCAAUACUUCAUCGCCAUUCUUCAGCCAAGCCGGAAAGGACAUGCCGAGCUUCGGUGAUUUGGCCAAGCAGACGCUCCUGGGAGCAGAGACUGGUCCAAAGCCUCUGUCGUUCGCAGACGCCCUGAAGCAGAAAGCCACAAAUUUUGCACUUGGUGCACCAGAUAGCGGUACUGCUUCUCCCAGUACUUUGUUUGGUGCAAGCUCAACAUCGGAUACAUCCACAUCCAAUCUCUCCUUCAAAGAGAUGGCUAACCAAGCGGGAGGGUUCAAGUUCACCUUCAGUCCUGAGAAGAUCAUCCCCGCGUCGAAGUCAAGCGCUAAGAGCCCGCUGAAGAGUCCCAUCAGAAGCCCCAGCAAGGAUGACGGGGAUUACUACGAGUCUGACGGUGGCGAGGAUAUCCACUUCGAGCCAAUCGUCAAACUUCCCGAGAAGAUCGAACUCAAGACGGGAGAAGAGGAGGAGGAACAGCUGUUCAAGUUCCGAGCAAAGCUGUUCCGUUGGGACACAGACUCAAAUCAGUGGAAAGAGCGGGGGAUUGGGGACAUCAAGAUUCUACGCCACAAGACGACAAACCGUUCCAGAGUGCUGAUGAGGCGCGAACAGGUCUUGAAGCUGUGUGCGAACCACCUCAUCACGGGAACGAUGUCGCUGCAUCCCAACUCUGGGUCAGACCGGUCUUGGGUCUGGACGGCCGUGGACGCAGCAGAAGAGGAACCAAAGACAGAGCAGUUUGCCGUUCGAUUCAAACUCCCCGAAACCGCGGCCGAGUUUAAGACAUACUUCGACCAGUGUGUAGAAUCAGCAAAGAUGUAUUCUUCCCCAUCCAAAGCCAGCCCAGAGAAAGGCUCUUCUGUCCAAAACAGCCCAGCUGCAGGGGCGGCGGCGAGUCCAAAGACCCCCAUCGGCAGCUGUGACCCCAAACUUUCCGCUGCAUUACAGGACAUUGAGACAGAGAUUGCUGAUGCAAUCAAGGAAGAUGAUAAUGACCACCAUGAUGAGUCGAACCAAUCUGGGAAUGUUAGUAGCUCUGAGAAUGUGGAGCCGGAAGGGUUUACCUUGGUGAGCUCCGAAGAGCAGGACAGACACUGAGAAAGGACGCUAAGGGGACAGCCCCAAAACAGACAGCAAGGAUGGAACUCCAGUGUGACAUCCUACAAAUGUGUGUCCAGGCUAUAACAUCAGUAUGAUCAUGCCAACACAAGAAGGUAUACCAUAAUGUGAUUAGAAAUAGACCUAUCGCAAGGCAUCACUGGAAGGCUUUAUGGUAAUGAGGAAAUGCUGUAUUGUGAUUCGUCUGUUUCCAGCCAAUUGGGAAGUCUCAUGCUGUGGUGCUUUUAUCUCAAUAUCUGUAAGUGCAUACUGCAUUUCAGAGAAGCUCAAAUUGACUUAGACAUUGGGGCUGCUGUGUUAGCAGACACGUAAGGCAGUCAGGCUGGUCCAGCAUGCUCUAUUAGCAUGUAAGCAAUAAGUUUAUUUCUUUUUGGAUUAUUUAUGUUAUCACUUCAAUUAAUGAUAUGAUAAUUGGACCUGUUCAAGGAAGCAGAAAUAAUGUAUUAAUUUUGCCUCUUAAAUUAAGGUUCUUCAAAUGCGAAACAAAUAACGUAUCAAAUUACAUGUAUACUUUGCAGAUAUAAACCAUUGUUUUAAAAGUUUCUUAUGAAAUGCAGUAUGCCUUGCUAGACAUUACAGCUUACUGAAAACGCUAAUAAUGAUUUAGGUGAAAAGUGACUUGGUUAUUGAACUACUAAUUAUUUAGGUGAAUAGUGAACAUCAUUCUUGUUUUCUAUUUUUCCUUUGUGAAACAAAUUGUAAGUUGCAAAGUCAUUAGAACUUAGUGGGACCACAAAGAAA